AUGUCAUCGAAAGCCAACAACAUGUCUCCCGCUAUCCGUCGAAAGGCCGUCAAGAAGGGCUUGCAGUUCACCAUCAUGAUCGUUGGCUGCUCCGGUCUCGGAAAGUCCACCUUCAUCAACACCCUCUGCGAAUCGCCCGUCUUCCAGAAGAAGGACAACUCCUUCCCCGACAAAGCCGCCAUCGAGAAGACCUUGAGCAUCACCCCCGUCACCGUCGAUAUGGAGGAGGAUGGCCUGAAGCUCUCGCUGACUGUCGUUGACACUCCUGGCUUUGGUGACAACAUUGACAACGAGACCAGCUUCGAUGGUAUCCUGAACUACAUCGAGCAGCAGUACGAUACCAUCCUGGCUGAGGAGUCUCGUAUUAAGCGUAACCCCAAGUUCCAAGACAACCGUGUCCAUGCCGUCCUCUACUUCAUCACCCCCACUGGCCACGGUCUGCGCCAACUCGACAUUGAGUUCAUGCGACGCCUUGCUCCCCGAGUCAACAUCAUCCCUGUUGUUGCAAAGUCCGACUCUCUGGCACCGACGGAGCUGGCCAUCUUCAAGAAGCGGGUCAUGGAGGACAUUACUCACUACCAGAUCCCCAUCUACAACUUCCCUUAUGACGAGGAGGAAGAUGACGACGAGACCAUCGAGGAGAACAACGAAUUGCGAGAGCUGCUCCCUUUCGCCGUCAUUGGCUCCGAAGAUGAGAUCCAAAUCAACGGCCGACGCGUUCGCUGCCGUCAGUACCCCUGGGGUGUUGUCGAGGUCGACAACUCGAGACACUGCGAUUUUUCGAAGUUGCGCUACAUGCUCUUGAGCUCCCAUCUCCAGGACCUGAAGGAGAUCACCGAGUCGAUUCUUUACGAACAGUACCGUACCGAGAAGCUCUCCCGCGACGGCCAGUACGACGAGGAAGAGGAAGAGGCGGAUGAGGAAUAA